AUAACUCGAUUUAAAAAUGAAUAAUAAGACAGUCGAGAAAUUUCCGUUGAGUUGCAGUUACUGAUUGAAAGCAGAAUUAAAUACAAUGUUUGACAGCACGAAAAACGCAUGUGCAAUCAUUUUUCUUGGUUUUCUACUCAUUGCAGUACAGAGUGCCUCUCAGGAUGAAGUGAUUGACAAAUGUUUGGAUAAGAACCACAUUCCCAAGAAUCAGUAUGAAAAGCUAAUAAAAUAUGGAACGGUGGACCAAGAAACUGGAGACAUUGAAAGGAAAUUCAAGUGCUUUAUGCAUUGUAUAGUUAACGAAAUGGGUGUACUGGACUCCGACGGAUACCUCAGUAUGAAGCAGGUGGAAAGUUUGGCAGAGCUACGUGACACCGAUCGCAUUGCUUUCCGCAAGUGCAACAAAAAGCACCAUGGAGAGGCAGAUCUCUGCGAAUAUGCCGCCAAUAUUAUGACGUGCGUAAUAGCUGAGCAGUAACAAAUCCAAAUUUGUGCUGAGAGUCAGAGAGUAAGAAUAUGCAGUAUACUGGGUGGACUUCUUCUCUAUAGGUACUCGUAAUAAAUCAAAUGUUGAGCUUUAAAAAUCGAA